AUGUCUGAAGCCAGACUCCUUCUGGCGGUAAAUUCUCCAACGUCUCGCUUGCAUUCUAGCUUGCUAGAUGGCUAUAUGAAUAUUGCAAUGGAACAAACAGAAGAGUAUGUCAAUGGGCAAUUGAAGAACAAAUAUGGAGAUGCUUUUAUUCGAGGGAAUAAUGUUCUAUACAUCAGUACAUCGAAAAGGACUCACACAGAUGGGGCUUAGAUUAUGACUUUGUGCUGCUAUUUCACAACUUUGGUUUCGGAAGACUGCUGAUUGGCUAUUACAUUUCCAGGUUAUUGCUUACAGGUUUUGAUUCUUAUAUUUAAGCUGUACACUUCCUUCGUGCUUGUUAAUUGUGCAUAUCCCUGACAAAAUGAAACAAUUUGUUCCCGAAAAGGUUGUUCUGCAAGCUCUAAGAUCCUCUUCAUUCACGUGAAUGUAGAGGAUGCAUUUAGAGAAACAUUGAAAACUGUUAUUGUGUGUGGUGCCCACACCCUCCGUUAGAUAUUUGGAUAGAGGGCAGACAUAUCAUAUUUAGGUGAGGCUUAUUUGUCUACUUUUUCUCUAGCAUUCUCAACAUUCACUUUGUGAAUUGGGAGAGGCCCUAAAUUUCUAGCAUUGCUGUACUUCAGUUUUCAGGGUUUCUGACAAUAUUAGUCACAUUUGUUGUGUAAGGGCGUUUAUUUUUUUCCCUUUAGAGCAUUCUACAUGCUCGGAAUGUUCCCUCGAGUAGUCAUGUUCAGUAUUUUCAUAAAAAUUGAUUAAUGUCGUAUUAGCGUUGACGAAUCAGCCUAAGAUUUUUUUAGAUAAUUUCAAGUUCAUAUUGAAUGUUAUAAACAUUGACCACUCGCUUAAGAUGGUAUACUAUAAACUAGCUUAGGUGGGGAAUCGUAUAAAUGUGAAAUAGAUCUAGGUAUAACCGAAGCUGGUAAUAGACACGCUGUGUUUGGAUUACCUCCCCUAUUGAGAUUAGGGUGGUCCAAACCUCGCUUAGGGGGUCAAAAGAUCUUACUUAGAUUAAAAUCUUGUUUGAAUAAAAAAAGUAGCUAAAUAGAUGGUAAGGCUAAACAAGUGUUAUCAUAUGGAAACUGAGAAGAGUAGCUUUUUAACGUGCCGUGGGGUGUAGUGUUGGGAUAUUGGCAUAUUCUUUUCUCUCUACUCAUAUCUUCACUUCUAGAUUGCUACUUCUCUCUUUGCUCAGUCUCCCAUUUUCACAAGCUCUGUCUUCACCUCCUUGCCAUUGUUGCUGACCGCUCAUUGUGCUUGCUGCUGUUUCUGUUAGAGGAAGUCUAGGAUGUCGUGACAACUUGUAGGUUCCAUCGAGAUUGCUUUGUCCCUUAUUUUCUUCUUGUGCUGACUGUGUUGCGCGAUAUCAGUCAAGAUUGUUGGAUCUUGUCUUUGCUUUCCUUGGUCCUCGUUCGGUGCUUGCCAUGAUUGUACUCGCUGGAUUAGCUCUCUGUUGUUGUUACUGAAUUCAUAGAAGCAAAGGAAACCCCCCCCCCCCGGCGGAAACAAAGCGAAAGCUUAGCCAGGACAAAGAAGAAAAAGCUGCACUCCUUGAAGUUAUAGGAUGUUGAUUCGAUGAAGAAAAAGUUGCUCUGUUGAUAUUGAUUUGCUUGGAGUUUGCUAAGGGAGCUUUGAUUCGUUGGUCCUGGUGGCUGUCUUUUUGCCCUCUGUGAACAGUGUCUAUAUUCUGGAUAUUUUCUUUUCUUUUCUUUUUUGUUCUCUCUUUUUUUCUGUUUAUUUUUAAUUUAGUUUUUACUUUUCCUUUCUUUUUAAUUUUGAAUUGAGCUUGGUGCUUGAUCACCUUUGGAUAUACUUUAAUUUUCAUUACUUUUUCUUUUCU